ACCCCCGGCGGCGGCGGCGGCGGCGCCCGAGGACGCUGGUGGGGGCCGCUGGGUGCGGCGUGGAGGGUCGCGAGGUUCGCCGCGACGAUCCUGGACGACGAGCCGGAGGCCCCGCCGCCCCGGCCGCGGAUUCGCCGCCCUCGCCCGCGCGACGGCCUCUGGCGGGCGCUCUCGGCUCGCAGCUUCCUCCUCGGCUGCCCCGCUUUCGGGGGGCGGGGGGGCGGCCUCGGCGCCGCGGCCGCCUGCAGCAGCGAGAAGCGCCGGCGAGGGCCCUGCCGCCUCGUGACGGUCCACGCGCUCGCCAGCCCGCCCGGCCCGGGCUCCAUGUGAAGGAAGGACGGGCCUGCCCGCCCUGCCCCCGGACCCCGGAGCCCGGACCGCGGACCCGCACCCGGCCCCGCGCCCCUCGCCCGCCUGCUCGCGCGCCCCUCCGGCCCACGGGGGUCCGCGGCCUCCCCGCGCGGGGGCCGCCGUGACAGGCCGCGCGGGGGCGGAGGGGCCGGCUCGGAGGCGGCGGCGGCGGCCCCUCCUCGGGCCUGCGGCUCCUUACGUCCCCGCGGAGCGGCCGGCACUAAAGAAUGUUGAAGGGAGAGCCAUUUCCCUAAUUUUCACAUUGUUGAGCUGUUUGCCAUAAUGGAUGAUCAGCAAGCUUUGAAUUCAAUCAUGCAAGAUUUGGCUGUUCUUCAUAAGGCCAGUCGACCAGCAUUAUCCCUACAAGAAACCAGAAAAUCAAAAUCUUUAUCUCCAAAAAAACAGAAUGAUGUUCGAGUCAAAUUUGAACACAGAGGAGAAAAACGAAUCCUUCAGUUCCCUAGACCAGUUAAACUGGAAGACCUAAGAUCUAAAGCUAAAAUUGCCUUUGGACAGUCUAUGGACCUGCAUUAUACCAAUAAUGAGUUGGUAAUUCCAUUAACAACCCAAGAUGACUUAGACAAAGCUGUGGAACUGCUGGAUCGCAGUAUUCAUAUGAAGAGCCUGAAGAUAUUACUUGUAAUAAACGGAAGUACACAGGCUACAAAUUUAGAACCGUUGCCAUCAUUAGAAGAUUUGGAUAACACAGUAUUUGGAGCAGAAAGAAAAAAAUGGCUUUCUCUAAUAGCUUCCACUAAUAGAGAUAGAAGCUCCCCUCCCCCCGGAUACAUUCCAGAUGAAUUACACCAGGUUGCCCGGAAUGGGUCAUUCACAAGUAUCAACAGUGAAGGAGAGUUCAUUCCAGAGAGCAUGGACCAAAUGCUGGACCCAUUAUCUUUAAGUAGCCCUGAAAAUUCUGGCUCAGGAAGUUGUCCAUCACUUGAUAGUCCUUUGGAUGGAGAGAGUUAUCCAAAAUCACGAAUGCCUAGAGCACAGAGCUAUCCAGAUAAUCAUCAGGAAUUUUCAGAUUAUGAUAAUCCUAUUUUUGAGAAAUUUGGAAAAGGAGGAACCUACCCAAGAAGGUAUCAUGUUUCUUAUCACCACCAAGACUAUAAUGAUGGUCGUAAAACUUUUCCAAGAGCUAGAAGGACUCAAGGGACCAGCUUCCGGUCUCCUGUUAGUUUCAGUCCUACUGAUCACUCCUUAAGCACUAGUAGUGGAAGCAGUAUCUUUACCCCAGAGUAUGAUGAUAGUCGAAUAAGAAGAAGGGGAAGUGACAUUGACAAUCCUACUUUGACAGUAAUGGACAUCAGCCCUCCCAGCCGCUCACCUCGUGCUCCCACCAACUGGAGAUUGGGCAAACUCCUUGGCCAGGGAGCCUUUGGUAGGGUCUACCUCUGUUACGAUGUUGAUACAGGAAGAGAAUUGGCUGUUAAGCAAGUUCAGUUUGAUCCUGAUAGCCCUGAGACCAGCAAGGAAGUAAAUGCACUUGAAUGUGAAAUUCAGUUGCUGAAAAACUUGCUGCAUGAACGAAUUGUUCAGUAUUAUGGCUGUUUGAGGGAUCCCCAAGAAAAAACCCUUUCCAUAUUUAUGGAAUAUAUGCCAGGGGGCUCAAUUAAGGACCAAUUAAAAGCAUAUGGAGCUCUUACUGAAAAUGUGACUAGAAAAUACACACGUCAGAUUCUGGAGGGCGUUCAUUAUUUGCACAGUAAUAUGAUUGUUCAUAGAGAUAUCAAAGGUGCAAAUAUUCUGCGAGAUUCAACAGGUAACGUCAAACUUGGAGAUUUUGGGGCCAGCAAGAGACUACAAACCAUCUGCCUUUCAGGAACAGGAAUGAAGUCUGUCACAGGCACACCAUACUGGAUGAGCCCUGAAGUGAUUAGUGGAGAAGGCUAUGGUAGAAAAGCAGAUAUCUGGAGUGUGGCGUGUACUGUGGUAGAAAUGCUAACUGAAAAGCCUCCUUGGGCAGAAUUUGAAGCAAUGGCUGCCAUCUUUAAGAUUGCCACUCAGCCAACAAACCCAAAGCUGCCACCUCAUGUUUCAGACUAUACUCGAGAUUUUCUCAAACGGAUCUUUGUAGAGGCCAAAUUGAGACCUUCAGCCGAUGAACUCUUAAGGCACAUGUUUGUGCAUUAUCACUAGCAGCCAGUAACUUCUCUUGUGCCUCUACUCAGCUCCCAUCUGUUCAUUCACCUUCUCUCUGACUGCACUUUUCUUUUUUAUAAAAAGAGAGAUGGGGAGAAAAAAAGACAAGAGGGAAAGUAUUUCUCUUGAUUAUUGGUUAAAUUUGUUUAAUAAUAAUAGUAACCUAAAUUUUUUAUAUUUAAUCUUUUUUUUUUCCUUAAAAGAACUUGAAACUUUUUUUUUUUUAAUUUUUAUAAUGUACUGAUUUGGUUCAGAGAGAUAAAGCACUUUAGUACAUAGUCGCUCUUUGUAGUAUAAACAGAUCAUUUGGGAUACUUAAAGAUUGUAUAGCCUCUUUCCCUGUAGCACAACAGAUUGGUGGUGACAGGGAGACAAGGAAAACAAGGAGAAAUGGUGUAUAAUUUGUAGUUUUUAGUGAUAGUAUUUAAAGUACAUCCUUGUAUGUGGGGUUGAACCCUAAACUUGAGUUUAGGGUAGGUACUCAACUUAAAGAAUAUAGGUUCAUUCUUAUAUCUAUAUUCUUUAGAUUCUAACCUCUGUCUACCAAGCUUUUUGCUCAGUAGGAAUCUUGAUAGAAAAUAUAAACCUUUAAGAGGUAUGUUUGUUAAUCCUACAGUAUAAUAAGCAAAUACACUAUAAUAGAUCCAUGUUACUGGAACCUGUAAACCUUGAGGGAUAGCUUUCUGCUUUAAAUAUAUAUGUAUAUUACUUUAUGUUAAAGCAGAUCAUUGAGCAAAUGAAUCCAAUUUAAAAAUCAAAGAUAAUUGCUCUAAUUAUGAGCAGUGAAAGAGACCACAUUUUCUAGUCUGCAAAAAAAAAAAAAGUGGGAAAAAAUAAAGAACCAAGUAUUAUUUAGUAUGCUUUAAAUUAUGUUCUGUAAUUGAGGGGAGAUUUCCCAAAGUGAAGAAAAAGGAGAAGUAAUAAAAAUCAUGUAUACUAUCUUACUAUUUGUGGUUCCCUGUUUCCCAUAGAUAACAUUCUCUAGGAACUAAGAAUAUCAUCCAGAGUAUCCGUGUCUCAAAGUUAGUUUGUUAGGUAAAACCCUUAUUCUUGAGAUCACAGAAUACUAAGGCACCUCUUAAAACAGGUAUCAUGUAAAGCAUUGGUUUUCCAGGGCAGACUGGGGAGGUUUCACUUGGCAUUUGGCAAUGUCUGGAGACAUUUUGUUUGUCACAGCUAGGAAGAUGUUCUUUGGGCUCUGGUGGAUAGAGGCCAAGAUGCUGCUAACAAACUAUGAUAUAUAAGGACAAUUCCCUUCCCCCCAAAAUUAUUUUGCCCAAAAUGUCGAAAGUGCCAAAAUUGAAUACCCCUUUUGUAAAUACCAGCCCUAACUUUUAAAGUAACAACCAUUUAAAAAUCAGGUUUCUAGCAAAAUUAAAUUUCAGACAGAAAGUGAACUAAUCAGAGUGAAGGUUUCCUAAGAGCAUCCAUGGCUUCAAGUCAAGGGUGAAUGAUCUCAAUUAGACAGCAAAUAGCACUCCUUUCCUUACCCAACUGCAGAUUGCGUCCAAUUUUAGAAACAAAAUGAAUUUAAACAUAUGGAGCCUGUUUAACUGAGUCAUCUGUCUCUUAUUUCCGCGAAUUAAUUCAUAAUAGAGGAAAACCAUGUCAAAGCAAAAGUAUUAACUACUGUAUAAGAAGUUAAAAAAAAAACUGCCAUGUAUUUCUGUUGUGUACUUAUUAACAGGUAGGAAAUAAAACAAAAGGAAGCAGCUGGGAAAGUCCAUUCCCAUGGAAUCUCUAGUGAAAUUAUGCUACCAAAAACAGGAAUGAUAGCAGAAAUUUGGCCACUUGCAGUUUUUUCAGCAUAUUAAUGCAAGUGCUAAGUACUUUAUUUUUAAAGGUCUACAAAAUAGUAGUCUUCCUGAAGGCCCUAAAUGUGAUACCUUUCAUGGAACUCAUAAGGCACUUGAAAUAUUUUUAUUUUCUGCUAAAAGGUAUGCUCUUUUAGGGACUCUUAAAAAUACUUGUUUCUUAAGUUAGAUAGAUCUUGGUUUACUGUAUCAAGGUCCUAUCUGGCAUUCCCAGUAGGAAUAUUUGAAAUUCCACUAGCUAGUCUGAGAAGUUAAAGGACAAAUAUAGUAGUUAAAACUUCUCCCAUACCUUUAUAAUCAAAGGAAGUAGCUGGCAAGGAGAAUAUGAAUUAGUUUCCCCUCCCCCCCAAAAAAGUAACAGCUAAAUCUUGUGGCUAUACACUUAAUUCCCAAGGGUAUGGAUCUAUUAUAAUUUUUUUUUUUUAUGAGUGAGCGCAUCUCUUCUUACUUGAGCAAGAUCAUAGUGUGUGGGCCAAGUGAGAUUGUGCUUUGCCUUUUGUGGUUGUGAUUCUCAUUUGGCUCAUUUUUGGUCUGUCAGGGUAACCAUCAAUGCAGAAUAUGAGACAGUGCUCUUUAGAGAGAAAUCUUGAGAAGACUGAAACUCAGAUCAAAAUUGUUUGCUUGUUCAGUCUUUUUUAGUUUUCUAAAUACUAUAGAAAAUAAAAUCACCUGACAAGAAACUACUACUUUAACACUGCUACAGAAGACCUUUGUUUUAUAUGAAAAUAUUAUUAGCUAUGGGAAAGUAUUGUUCUUUAUGUAAAGACUUAAAAAAUAGACUAAUAGUUUACAGAGUUAUUAUAUAAAUGAUGUGAAUUUAUUUCAAACAAGUUGUGAAGGUACCAAAAAAACUCAAUAAAAGUUAAUAUAUUUAAAAACUACAAGAACAAAAAAAGCUUGACAUGAGAUGGGGUAUGGGAGAUCAAAAGUAAAUUUCAAAAAGAAAAUUUGAAAGGAAACACUUCUUCAGGAGCAGUUAAAUAAAAUGCUCCAUUUUUUUUUCUAGUAAUGGUAUGGAUCAGCAAAUGGAAUUUGAAAUUUUUAUGACUCUAAAUGUGUUUUGUUUUUUUAAAUGCACAAAUGAUUCUUCUAUACUGUAAUGUUUCUUUGCUGAGGCUGGAAAAUGGCCAGACUGCUGACUUUGUGCCUUUAAAAUGCAUUCUGCUUUGAUAGUGGCAGACUUUUUGGUGCUGGAGAAGAUUCACUAGCAGUCUUACAUGUGCUUUUCAGGAACUGUCUUUCUACUUAGACCUUGAAAGAUUCAAUGGCAUGAUUUAGGCUUGGACCAAUGUCAGAUCUAUCACAUUGCAAACACAAUGUAUUGAAUAAAAGGGUUGAAUAAUAUAAUGACUGAAUAAUUUUAUGGUUGGUAAUUCUUUAAAAUUUAUUUAAAAGUACAUAGGCUGAAAUGUGUACAAUAAAAUGACUGAAAAGAACUUUUUAACUUACUCAUUUAUGAAAAAUGACUAUAGAUUUUAACUUACUUGAAAAAUGACUACAGAUUUCAAGGCACAGUCAGUCUUAACAAAAUUUACUUAAGAGAUUGAAAUGUUAGUACACACAUACUGAACUCUAAAAAAAUAGUUACAACUUAUUUCAGAAUAAAUUGAAUUGGCUUUCACUUGAGAGUUUUUAUCUUAUUGCCAACCAAAACUACAUUGAAAAGAUAAUUUAAUGACUUUUGUUUGCUUCAACCCUUACUUUCUGAGACGGGUUGUUAGAAGAUAUGUGAAAUCAUUGAAAAAAAAUAAUAGAUUUUUUAUAGAGAUGACAAACCAAAAACCUUGGCCCACAGCAAGUUUUGUGCCAGUGAUUUCAUUUGGGGUCUAGGGACUAAUAGUUUGAUAUAAAUCACCUGGUAUCAAUCAAGUAUAGGAAUGUAACUCUUUUCUUAAUAUGGUAAAUCUUUUUCAUUUGUUCAUUAAUUGUGAAUUAUUGUAUAAGGUACUAAAUUAAAUUAUCCUUAAGGAGGUUGCAAUCUAGGUGGAAACAUAGGCAGCUAGUUAGGAAGUAAGGGGAAAGCAAUUUGGGAUGAUUAUUGGCUUACAUAAACCAAAAUGUUAUUAUUAACAGGGAUUAAAAGUAUCCCCACAUUGGAGUACCCCCAUAGUCUUUCUCUCUCUUUCUCAGGACUCUCUCUUACAAAAUCCAGCAUCUGCUCAAAUAGUUUGGUGAUUGGGGGAGGGUUUUUUCCCUGCUUUUUUCUUUUCUGUUGGUCCAAAUUGUUAAAAUAAUCAAAACAUUGAUAGUCAUUGAACUCUAUAAAAGUGUUAUUUAAGCAAAAAUCAGGACAGUUCUUGAGACCUUAAUUGAUCGCUAAGUUUGACCUUUAUUAAAAAUGUAAUCUUCGUAUUUUAAUUAUAAAUUGGUUAAAUAUUAACAAAAAGAAAUUUAAUUGUUAAGUUUUGGUAGUGCCUUUUUCUCUGUAUGCCUUAAAUUUAUUUUGUAUUAAUAUCAAUUCAUAUUACCUGCCAAAAUGAAGAAUUUUCCAAAACCAGUAGACUUCAAGAGUUCCUUUGGCCUUAUACAUUCGUGUAUUGCCCCUUAAACAUUUCUUAAUACCUGUUUCCUCCUCUUAUCCUUUUCUACCUCUUUUUUUCUUUGUGUUAGAAGAGAAACAUUAGAAUUAGUCUGUAAUAGACACAUUGCAGUCUCCAAUAAAUGUGAUUUCCUAAGAUAAACCUAAGAAAGAGGUAUUCUAAUUCUAAAGAGACAUAGACAGUUGUUUCCAUGUUGAUUACUUGAUUUUCAAUCACAUUGGCAUUUUCCAAAUUCAUUGUAUAUUGAGAUCCAGUUAUGAUUUUAUAACUGACCUAGAAUGUUUUUUUGGGGUUUUUUUUUUGCCCUAAGUAUGUUAACUGAUUCAUAAAGGUUAAAGCAGUGAGAUUUAGAACAUUGAGCAAGAAAUAAAUCCAGGGAUAGCAAAUUCUAAUCCUUACUUUCUAACUAACAUUUUAACUAAAAUUCUAACUUGUUUUUCUGUGAAUUGUGUGUGUGUGUGUGUUUGUGUGUGUGUGUGUGUCUGUGUAUAGUGGGGCAGGGAUGGGGGGAAAAAAAGGAAAGGUAUGAAUGUUCAAUUAGAUUAGACUGUUCUUGCAAGAACACCUCAAAUGUGUGUGACCUACUGAUGAUGGAUGAGUAUCAUCCUCCUCAGAUAGGAUUGCUAGCACAUUUUCCACAAGUAGUUAGUACAAGUGAUUGUUUAAUAAAGGCAUUUAUUGUAAAUUGCCAAGCCCCUUGGUUAAUAAAAUAGAUUAAAAUCGAACUUGUAUGUGUGUACAAUAGUGAGCUUAUAUAUAAUUCUUAAGUAGAAACUAAUUGAUUUUUGCUUAGUUCUUCAUGAACUCUUUGGAAUAGAAAUUCUGCCAGACAUUACUAAAAUAAGUUUCUUUGCUUAUCAGUUGAGUGUUCUGAAGGAAAUUGUCUCAUAACCUCUUUUUGGUUGGCUUGGGAAGGCGUGUUGUGAAGCCACUGUUCCUUCUUCACAGAUGUUUUUAGCUUUGCUUUGACUUCUACCACAGUCUGGUCAGGAUGCCACGAUAGGUGUGGGAAAAAUUGGUGCCAGCUAUCUCUCCUUCUCAGAGCUAUAGAUAGUAAUAAGCUAUCAGGAGAAUCUUUUCUAAGUGAUAGAGUGAUCAUAAUAUAGCUUCAGAGAAUUGAGAUGAGUCACGGCUGUCAUAAAGAAGUUUUUUCUGUUGCCUAUGUACAUUCUUAUGUAAUUCUUUAUAUUUUCACAAAUAAGCAUUCAAAUUGACAGUCAUAGGCUGUUUUUGUUAAUAACAGGAAAGGCAUUAAAUCAGUGACUGAUGACUUCUCCUUUGUAUUCUCAAUCUGUAUUAUCAGAAUAACUUUAAACCAAAGCUUUUAUAUUCCCUGAAUAUAUAGCCAAAAUGAUUAGCACUGUUACUUCUGCCCACCUGUAAGCUAAUAGUGUAAAAUUCAUCAAGCAAGUCUUAGAAAUUUGUCACUCAAUCUAUCCUUCAAGUAAAAGGACAGGUGCUCAGUGUUCUCAUUUAGAAGAUGUAGAAUUUACUCCCAACUAUUCAGAAUUAUAUAAGCAUUAAAAACUUGAGCUUGUACACGUGCCAAUCUUUGUAAUGUCACUUGACUGUAAAUGCAUUGAAAUAUUCCUCAGAUUGGUGAUGUGCUUUCUUCCUACUGUCUUAACAGUUUUGAACUUGUGUUUGUCUUGAGGGACAUUUCCGGAAAGCUGUGAAAAAAGUAGGUCAAUGACUGACUUCUGCUUUGUGCCAUAAAUUGGCAUGUAAGGAAGAGUUGGCUCUCCGAAAUACAUGCAGAGUUUCUUUCUAAAUGAGAAUUUCUGGGUCUCUUACUAUAAUUGCUGACAGUAAAGUUUAUGACUAUAUUGAAAAGUACUUUUGUGUUGACUUACUUAUAUUUUUUAGAAUUUGUUUUUAAGAGCAUAUAUAUCUAGAGGCGAUUUUUGGCAUUAUUACUUGAAGAGGGGUAUAAAAAGUAACAAAAUUGCAUCCUAAGUUCUGUGAGAAACUUUGCAUUCAAAAUGGAUUGGACAUGUUCCUAUUUUCCAGAGGAGUUUUUUCUACCUGGAAUAAGAAAGGACUAAUGAAACAUUUGAGCUGGAAUGACUUAAUGGGCAAAAGAAAAUGGGCCAAAACCUUCUAAAUGUACCCUGUUCAAUAAAAGUACAGUGUCUAAGAAUAAGAAUACUUCUUUAAAAACAAACAGUUCUUUAUAAUACAAUCUUAAUUAGAAAGUAAGAAGUUUACAUUUUUUCUAUUGCUGUUGGUUUUAAAAUUGUUACCCUGCAUUCUGAAAUAUUAUAAGAAUCAAUACCAAAAAUACUUUUGAAGUCUGACAUCUCUUACAUUUCACAUGGUUCUUUUUAUUCAGAUAUCAUUGUAAAUAAAAGUAAAGUUGGAUUAAUAAGUUUAUAAGUUAAAUAAGUUGAGAGUAAACUUUUAAUUGUUGAAAACUAUGAUUAUCAACUUGUAAAUGUACCCUGAUCUAAUGUACAUUUUUAAAUAUAGGCAUUAAAAUCUCUAUAUUAGUUUCUCUGUAUAAACAUUUUAAAUCUCAGCUGAGAAUUUUAUAAUUCUCAACUGGGAAGUUUAUAAUUGUGUACAAAGUUUUUUUCCCUAUCAAGGUUGAAUUUUUUGCACAUUUUUGGAAACGUUUAAUUUGUACACUGAUUUACUACUCUGACCAAUAAUUGUUGAUGAGUGUAUGAGUAUCAUGAAUGAGUGCAUUGAACUACUGUCUGUGUCUCUGUUUUAACUUCUUUUAAUAUGUAGCCAUCAGUAACUACACUGCUAUUACUGACUUAAAUGGACUCUCUUGCUUUUACAAAGUAUCUAUGGUUCUAUCUUUGUUGAAGAACUCAGGAGUUCAACAUCACUUUCUGAUUUUAUAUGUAUUCUAAAAUCCAUGACUAAGUUGAAAGUAUGAUUGUAACUGCAUAUCAGGGGUUGUAUGUGUGUGGAGAUGUAUUUUUUUGUUUGUUGGCACAUGUAUAUAUCCCAGUAAUUUCUUAAUUUCAUUUCUACAUUUUUAUGAACUUGUUUUAUAAGGGUACUGUUUAGUUAGAGUAAAUAUAUAUAAAAGCUUUCUGAGAGAUUAUUUACUAUAUAAAUAUAUUUUCAGCUGGCUGAUCAAAAAGUUUUUAAAUUUUGUUUUUAACCAUUCAAAAUGUAUUUGUAUUUCCAGAAUUGAAGGCAAACUUUCAAGUACUUUUGCAAGGCAGUAUAUUGAAUCUCUUCUGAGAAUUCAGUGAAAUGAAAAUAAAAAGGAAAAAACAGAUUUUAAACUGUAGCAAAAAUGUUGUCUAAUUCAGAUGGCCAUUGAAUUCUCAGAGUUCUGAAAAAAAAAUGUGAAACUAAAUUGUCUUGAAGAGAUGUCAAGAUUUUUAUAUCACAAGUUUGCUUUUUUUUUUUUUACAUAUUUUUUAAUUCUUCCCCAAAAGAUUUCAGCGUUCAGUUCUUCUCUUAGUGGACAGGGUCCUACCACACUUAGGAAACAACACAUAAACAUAAUUGUGAUUUUCUGUAAUUGACUACAACUUGGUUAACAGACGUCCAAACAUAGAUUGUUGUGUCUUUCUACUGUACUGUGUAUUUUAAGUAACUGGCAGAAAAAGAAUUGGAAUUUAAAUUUCCAAUCUUGUAGAUUGUACGUAUAGAAAAAUCUUGUUUUUAAUAUGCGGUACUGCAUAAAUUGCUUGUGUUUGGAAUAAAGUCCACUGUUGAAGCUGAUUGUCAUUACGCUUAGUGUUACAAGAAGCCGAAUGAUUAGGAAAACCUAUCGGAAGCCAGAUGCUGUGUGGUACGUGCCACAUUUCAUGCACAUUUUGACUUUGUGUUGUUCAUUCAAAAUUGUGCUUGUAAAAAUGUAUAAAAUUUCUGAGUAUUACAUUUUCUAUGUACUUGUUUUUUUUUCUUUGCUGGUAAAUAGCUUUUUAAAAAUUAAUGUAAAAGAAACCAUGUUUAUAUUUUGUUAGUAAUCAAUGACUUUGUUUAUAUGGAAAUUUGUAUAUUGUUGGAACACAUCUUUGUUUAGAUUUAUUGUGCAUGAAGGCUUGCAAUAAUUAGCACAAUGAAAAUUCUUUUUCUUACACAUCAGUUCUUUUUGGGAAAGAUUGUGGUGCAAAGGUUUACUGUAAGUAAACCUCCUGGACUAUGGAAUGAACAUAUAUGGAUGGCACUUUGAGUGUUAAUAAAGCUGAUAUUUAUUUCCACUGUGAA